GAAUCAGUUCAUUCCUGACUUCCGAACGGUUUGGGCGCACUUUCGGCUUCGAGAGCGGUUGCAGCUCUGGGAUAAAUAAGAGAUCCUCUGGUGUUGGUGUUGAAAUCUCUUGUUUUAUUUUUUCCAAUUGAAGAUCUUCGCGUGUAGCAUCAAUUGAUUGAUAACUUAAUGCAAGUUGACACGGUUUGAAGCCCGCUAAAGAUUGAAAGAUAAUCAUAAUUUCCUACAGUGAGCAUACAAGUGAAAUGGUAACACAAGCGAUCAAAGGUUAAGUGAAACUGUGAAUGUUAAAGCUGAGAAGAAAAGCAAACAAGUUUACUGGCUAAGCCCUUCUGUUCAAGCCGUGAUAUCCCCGGAGAGUGGCUGUCUGCACAUAACUGGGGAGUGAACCUCUUGAGUGCCCAGCACACUGAUUAUCGCUUAAUUUAACGAUCUGCUGAAAGAACCAUACGAGUAAAGUGGGCAUCGCAACCCGUAGCGCAAUGUGCAGAAUUCGAUUAAAAACAAAAUAACAAAAAUAUAUAUAUUCGCGAGGAAAAGAAAUAGACGAAACCGGCUCAGUGCCGGGCGAAGAAGAAACGAAGAUUGGUAGCCCAAAGAGAGAAAGAUGUUAGGCAGACUUCUUCGCGUUUGCGGUUGGAAGCAAGAUAUCAAUAUGCCAAAUUGUGCGAUUCAUCAAAAUCAGUUCAAGUGCCGAUCGUGUAAAUAAACAGAAUGCAGAACGGUGUGGUGCAGUCGUGAUUCUAUUUCAUCGGAGAGCUGAUUGAUUGGAAAAAUAUCCUGGACCAUAUCACCGGUCGGUGGCGUACGAUUGCAAAUAAAUAUUCGACGGAAGUUUCCACACAGAUCGGUUGCUGAAUGUAGCUGGUUUGGAUCCCUAUCAAGUUUCGAUAUUUCUAGUGAUCGUGAGCAAAGACUACAUCUAUCCAUGAAAACAGAGAAACGAGUUUCCAGCCCAACUUAGUGUGCAAUGCAACAGUAAUGUGAAAGUAGAAACGACUCCGCCGAGUGUUUGUGUAUCUAUUUGAGUCCAAGUGCAGUGUAUAUUUUUCCGACAAUUUCUAAACAUUGAAAAAGAAAAAUCUAUUCAGAUUAAAAGUUCCGACCUGCGGCCAGUAACAAACUGUGGACCUGUAACACUCUACGCGCAAAGCAGCAACCAUCAGACGUUCGGCUCGGCACAAAGGAGAAGCGGAAAGGGGGAAAAAUUCAUUAGGCAACACCGACAACUCCGAAAAGAUCCUUUGCUGAGAUGGCACAUCAUUAAUAUCCGAUGAGUAGCACGAGUGGAAAAUGGUGAAGCAUAAGAGAUUCUUUUGCUUCCGACUAUCGAACAUAUUCCCGGCGUUCCGCAGCUGGCCACCAACACGAGGUGGCAACGUUGGUCAUUUCAGCAGUAAUGCAGUGCAACGAAAGUCAAUCCUGCUGCUGCUGAUUGUGCUAAUAUACUUCAAUGGGUUUACCAGCGGCAGUUGGUGGCAAGUGGCGGACCUUUCGCUGGAUGUAAAACAUUUCCAUCGAGACAACCGAAGCUUCGAUAUCUGCAGUGAAAACACAUUUUUUACACAACAUCAAAGGGAAAUCUGCUACAACAACCCGGAACUGCUGAAGGUCAUUGUUAAUGCAGCAAAUAUUGCCAAAUAUGAAUGCCAAGGUUACUUCCAGAACAGCAGGUGGAACUGUUCGGUCAAGCGGGGAUCUGAAAUUUUCUACGGAAAUUUCGAUGAGAAAGGAAAUCGCGAAACGGCCUAUCUGAGCGCAAUAAACUCGGCUUCUCUUGCAUGGACCAUCACCCGAUACUGUACUAAAGGCGAGCUGACCAUGUGCACCUGUGACCACAUACAGCGCAAAAAGCACAGCAAAUGGACAUGGGGAGGCUGCUCCGAAGAUGUCAACUACGGCAUCAAACAGGCGCGACAGUUUGUCGACCCACAGGAAGACCGGUCUUCGAGUUUCGGGUUGAUGAAUCUGCACAACAAUGAAGCUGCUCGAAGAACAUUGCGAGCUAGAAUGCAGAAAGUGUGCAAAUGCCACGGGAUGUCCGGCUCCUGCACGACCCGCGUUUGCUGGCGUCGAUUACCACCGAUGAAACUGAUGGCCGAUACGCUCGGUUCAAUGUUUGAUGCUGCCGCUCUAGUCAAACCUGUUGAAAACAAAGGUGUCAUCAAGAAAUUGAAACGAAAGGAUUCGCAAUAUAAAAAGGUUAACAAGUCUGAUCUGGUAUAUAUUGCGGAAUCACCCGAUUAUUGCGAGGAGAAUGACAGCUUCGGAAUAUUCGGCACGCGAGGCCGGUUCUGCAAUCGAACAUCAUACGGAAUCGAAGGCUGCCGGUUGCUGUGCUGUGGUCGCGGCUAUCAGACACGAAUCCGAAACGUUGAGGAAAAGUGCAACUGCAAGUUUGUCUGGUGCUGUUCGGUCAAGUGCGACACGUGCAAUGUACGAAAGGACGAAUAUAUCUGCAAUUGAACAGCGCAGCGUCAGAGAAUCCUUCAUCCAACUUGCGGCUCUUGUUGCAACAGAACGCUAAAAUAAGUUGAUCAGUGUAUAUUAUUGCCAUUCGCGAUUAGAGUAAUUUUUCACAAAGCCAUUUUUGCACCAACUGAUAAUGCCAUUUUGUCUCGAACUUUUGUAUAUUUAUGGAAAUCAAAUCCUAACGAUAGCAUAUAACUUAAGUAAUUUUUGAAACGUUCUCAAUGGAUUCAACAUGUAAAUGUGCCGUUUAGAAUGACGUAUCGAACAAAAAAUCGAAUUUGCAUCCAUGACAUGUGCGCCAACUGCUUGUUGUAAUUCAAUUUUGUAGCUUUAGACAACGAAAACACACACUCAAAAAGGUAACAACGAAAGUCUAAGUGUUUCCAGUAUUUUUAUAACCAUAUUAAGGUGUAAGAAAAUAUUUGCAUUCUGUGAUUUCUUUUUGUUUUGUAGUAUUGAUUUUAUUUAACAACCGAGCGAAAGGUUUUAAUCGAUAAGUGUAACUGGUAAGAUUAGAUGAUAAGCCAAUGAACGAUACCGAAUAUGAGGGGAAAGAAAGUCCUACAGCCAAAACAAGUAACAAUUGAAAAACAGCUCUCCCACUUCUAGACAACAUCUAAUGAAAAUUGACACAUGACACUAAAACGGUGGAAAAUACGAAGAACGUGUCUGAAAGUAUUGUCUCGUAAAAUGAUCCCAAAGUAGCAUUUAGCCAGCAUGUAAAAAUCAGCUAAUCAUCGUAAAAACAUACUCUCACAAAUUGACCACUUGUAUAAGCACAACAUGAAAUCAAUGAAUAAUGGAACGAAAUAAAGCAGACCGCCCUGUA